AUGCCCGCAUACCAGAGGGUACCAUUAUAUGAUCCGAGCCAAUACAAUAGGGAUAGCUUUACAUUAAGAGUCCGAAAAUUGGCACCUUUACCAGCUGCUGCUGCCUCCGCUGUCACCGCCGGAGCUGCUGCUGGAUCCGCCACUAUCACCUCCGGAAGAGCUGCUAUAGCUGUAGCCUCCAGAGUAGCUAGAGUGACCGUGAUCAUGGCUAUGGGUGUUGGAGUGAGACGUAUGAUGAUAGGUGGUAGAGGGGGAAGUGUGAUGAUGGCUGCUGGUGUGACCAUCUACAUGGGUGCGAGGGACGGAGUGACUCGUUCCAGCGUUGGUGGUGUCCGAGUCGACAUUAACACCAUUUACGUAGAUCUCUGGUGUCUCGACGUCGGCGAAUCGACGACGAGUAUUGGAGGAGGAAGAGAGAUUCCAAGAGAUGAUGAUGAAAGUUCGACUUUUCCUCGAGCCUUUUAUAGCAAAGGCGGGUUGCGGGCGGAGAUCCCGAUGGGCCAUGACACGACAAUAGGACGUGGACGACACAUGUUUGAGACUGUUCGCGUUCAAAAACUAGACGACGAGCUGGUUUAUUUGGAAGAUUCCAUUCUUCGACUGGUUACGGCGCUCGUUCAUUACCUGUCAAGUACCACCGCUUUCUCGACUUCAUUUGGACUACCUUCAAAGCAUGGUCCUGUGCAACUUCACACACGUUUAAAUUGGAUAGGGCGUACCUAA